AUGAGUGAUCUGAUUUCAAAAACUUACAAUAAAAUUUCAGAUGUUUUUUCAAGAUCUCAGGUAAAGAAGGCUGUUGAAGGUCUUAACACUUAUUAGCAAAGAGUGAAAUUAAUUGAUCAUAUUAUAGAUAGAAGAUAAGAAAUAAGAAAUGCUGAUGAUAUCGCAAAAAUCUAACAAUAUGCUCAUAUUUUUAAAAAAAUGUUAAGACGAUACAAAAAGAAGAAGGAUGAAGAUAAUGAAUAAGAAAAAGCUAAAUUGAAGAUGGAAAUGGUUAUGCAGUUAUUUCGAGGAGAAAAGAAAAAGCAAACUCAGAAUUAUGACAUGGAACAAAUAAAAAAACAACAAUUAGCGAAAUCAAGAAGAAAUGCCCUUCCUUAAUAAAAAAAAAACCAAUAGUAAUACACCCAGUCAACAAAGGUUGAAGAUUCCAAAAUGUUCGAAACAUCUCCAAGCAGAAAUAAGAAACUUAAUAGAUUCUUCACUGAAAAAGAUCCUCUGCAAGUAGAGAAAUAAGUAGAAUAAGAAAUAUAUGAUUUCCUCUAAAAAAAUCAUGAGCUUGAUUAAGUUCAAAAGGAUAGGUUUCUUAGAAUGACUGAUAAAAGUUAAUAAAUACGAUAUAUCGAAAGUAAAGUUAAGCAUCAAUUAGUUCUUCAAGAAAAUUAAUAACAAUAAUUGGCCAUUAAAUAACAUUAUUAAGUGAAAAACCUCUUUCGAUAAAAAAAUAACAGAGGUCACACUUAGAUUAAAUUGGCAAAAUCUUUUUAAGGAAAAUUAAAUGAUCUCAAAAUUGAUGGUCCUCUCACUUCCCGUAGAUAGAUCAAUGGAGAAGAUUCUUUUGCUUCAUACACAGAAAUCAAGUUAAACAAGUUGUAUCAAGAGUCUUCAUCUAUACAGAAGACUAUAAAAACAAAGACGUUGUCUUGUCCAACAAAUCAAAUUUAAAACUAUUUAAUCCAUACUAACAGAGAUAUAAUUGAUAUUUCAAACAAAAAAUUAUUCCAUAUUUAAAAGUUUAAAUUAUGA